AAUGAAUGUUCAAGGUCAAGGUCAGUCGACGGCGUCUAAAACGCCGACGUCUACAAUUCUUCAGCAGACUACGGCCAACGCUCAGCAAUUUAUCGUCACGAUUACUAAUCCGUCAUCGAAUAACAAUGGAUCUUCUGGAGAGUCAAAUUCUGAUGAAGGGACAACUGUUCAAUUGCAGAGCGGAAAUGGACCUCAAAUGAUCUACCAAUCCAACAAUCAAUCUCAACCACAGUACGUUGACUCCUUAAGCGACUCCGGCGAUGCCGUAUCCUAUCAGUCUGCAUCGGCUGCGGAAAAUGAAACAACUUUACCUACCGCAAUAUUACGACAAUAUACAGAAUAUAAUUCCAGUGGAGGCAUGUACACUCCAGUAACUGGAGCUACCUACUAUCAAACACAAAGUGGUCAUGUUCAGACUGCGUCAACUGGCCAAAUUAUCAACCAUGGAGGAAGCAUGUUCCUUGUACAAGGUACUAACGUUACUACUGAUGGAGGAAUAGGUAAUCAUACGACAAGAGCCUCUCCUGUUACGGAACAGAACGGAUCUUCUUCUUGCCCUCGAACGGCCAACUUCGAUGCCAAAUCGUGGCAAAGAGAAGUUCAAUGGCUGUUGGAUAACUACGAAACAGCGGAAGGCGUCUCUCUACCCCGAUCAACUUUAUACAAUCACUAUUUACAACACUGCAAUGAGCAUAAGAUUGAUCCUAUGAAUCCCGCUUCGUUUGGAAAGUUGAUUCGAUCAGUAUUUUUGGGACUAAGAACAAGGCGCUUGGGUACCAGAGGCAAUUCAAAAUAUCAUUAUUACGGCAUAAGGAUUAAGGCGUCUUCUAAUCUGCAUCAAUUUCCCGACGAGCAAACAAUGGCCAUGAGACAAACUCCGAUGACUCAGGCUGGUAAAAAAUUUAAGGGGGCUGGAGCUGGCGGAGUUGUUGGAUCAGGAGCGGAUUUGAAUCCUGAUAAUGUGAUAUCUGGUAUUGAUGGACAACACCAACAGUACUUGGGCGAUCAUUCAGCAGGAUUAUCGCCAUUUGAAAGCAUCAAAGUUGAAAAUCUUGUAUUGCCUGAAGGUGUUACUAUCCACCACGUUCAUGCUCUUGAAGAAUUGUAUAAAGAGCAUGCGGAAGCUAUUUUAGACGUGGUAGUUAAUUUACAGUUUGCUUUAGUUGAAAGAUUAUGGCAACAAUUUUGGAGGAAUGUACCACCGAAUCAACCACCCACCGUAGAUUCGGACGACGAUGAAGAAAGAUUACCAAAGAGUACCUUAUACGCUUUGUGUAAGCUUGAGCCUGUUCAAAAAUUUGUUAAGUCGGCUGACUAUAAUUUCUAUCAAGUUCUCGUCGAAGUACUUAUACCCGAUGUUCUUAGACCUAUUCCAUCAUCUUUGACACAGGCUAUAAGAAAUUUUGCCAAAAACCUUGAAGGUUGGUUGAGGGAAUCAAUGACUGGUGUAAACGAAGGUAUGACUAGUAUUCGUUGUGCCGCCGUUAGUGCUUUAGCUCAAACCCUGAGGCGUUACACCUCCUUAAAUCAUUUGGCUCAAGCAGCACGAGCGGUUUUACAAAAUACUCAACAAAUUCAGCAAAUGUUAAGCGAUCUAAAUAGAGUAGAUUUGAAUAACGUCCAAGAACAGGCAUCAUGGGUGUGUAUGUGCCCUGAUACUGUCGUUGAAAGGCUGCAUCUCGAUUUUAAAAAUACACUGCAACAGAAUCGAACACUAGAAGAGUGGGCUCAAUGGCUAGAAAAUGUAGUUAGACAACAACUGCAUCCAUAUGACAAUAGCGGAAAUGCCGAUCAAUUGGCCAAAGUUGCUCGGCAUCUUCUCCUCAAAUGGAGUUUUUAUUCUUCAAUGAUCAUACGGGAUUUGACUUUGAGAUCGGCUGCCAGUUUCGGAAGUUUUCACCUAAUAAGACUUCUUUAUGAUGAAUAUAUGUUCUACUUGGUUGAGCACAGAGUGGCUCAAGCUUUGGGGGAUACUCCAAUAGCUGUGAUGGCCGAAUUAAAAGCUAAUCAGACGAGUAAAAGCAGUGUAGUAGGAGCAACGCCUCCGUCGAAACGAAUAAAAGUUUGUCAGCAGUAA